AUGCAUAGCAACAAAACGUUUCCUCUUUUCGCUCUUUUCUUAUUAUGGUCAUCAGCCCUCGUGUAUGCGCAGGAAGAAGAAUCAGCUCAAGAUGAAUGUGCAGCUGUUCCAAAAGACGAAUACAAUCUCGGCCUACGUAUCGGUUCAAUCUUUAUUAUCAUGGCAGCAACACUCGUCGGUGUGUUUACUCCCAUCCUCUUGCAUCGUAUCAGCCCAUACUCAAAAAACAGCAUCCGGUAUUGGGUGUUGACCGUUGCAAAGUUUUUUGGCACCGGUGUCAUUUUGUCGGUUGCAUUUGUCCAUGUAAUGCCUGAAGCCACCGAACGUUUCGAAAGUCCAUGUAUCACAUCCGGCAGCUGGCACAAUUAUGAAGGCUUUGUCGGUGUAUUUGCUCUUAUUGCUGUAUUUUUCGUACAGCUUAUUGAGUUGGCGGCCUUUGCUCAUCUUGAACGCACCAAAAGCUCUAGCAGCAGCAGCGAAACCACUGCCAAAGAAGCCGAUCUUGAAGUCGGAGUUGAUCAACAUGUGCACACACCACUUGAUAAAAACAUCAAUACGAUCGUUCUCGAAAUUGGUAUCGUGAUCCAUUCCGUCAUUAUCGGCCUUACAUUGGGAUUCAGCAGUUCGGAUGGAUUUAAUGCACUUUUGAUUGCUCUUGUAUUCCAUCAGUUCUUUGAAGGUAUUGCCUUGGGCACACGUAUCAAUGAGAUGGACUUCCGUAGUGCCAUCAAGCCAUUGCUAAUGGGUCUUGUGUUUGCAUUCACCACGCCUGUUGGUGUAGCAAUUGGUAUUGGUGUCAAUGUAUCCAUUAAUCCAAACUCGGCACCCUCCAUUCUCGCACAAGCCAUCCUCGACUCUUUGGCAGCCGGAAUUUUGUUGUAUAAUGCAUUCAUCUCUCUCAUCAGCUCUGAAAUGACACACAACCUUGGCUUCCGUAAUUCAUCCUUUGCCAACAAACUCACCUGCCUCAUGUCAAUGUACAUUGGUGCAGCUCUCAUGUCUUUGCUCGGUUACUGGGCAUAG